AUGUCUAACACAGUGGCACCAGUUCGCGCCAACGGAGAUAGGGCCAAUCAUGCUGUUGUCACCAACAGUAUAUGUCUGGAUGGCUGCCAUGUUGGAACCGAUGGUAAUGGUCCUUCUACCAAUGGAGAUCAUGUUCCACAGACUGCCUUACAAGUCCCUAUCGCCAUCUGUGGUAUGUCCGUACGCCUCCCUGGAGGCUUGCAUUCACCACAGGAACUAUGGGAUUUCUUGAUUUCCAAAGGUGAUGCCCGUGGCCCAGUACCAAAGUCUCGAUACAGUACUGCUGCACACUAUUCUGAGAGGUCGAAGCCGAGCACCGUUAAUACCGAGUAUGGGUACUUCCUCGAUGAGAGUAUUGACCUCUCUGCCAUUGACACAUCAUUCUUCAACAUGAGAAAGGCUGAGGUUGAACGGCUAGACCCACAACAGAGGCAAAUUCUGGAAGUUGCCAGGGAAUGCAUAGAAGACGCAGGCGAGGUACACCGUAAAGGACGUUCGAUUGGCUGCUAUAUAGGCACGUUUGGAGAUGACUGGCUCGAAAUGUUUGCGAAAGAAAACCAACAUCAUGGUCCGUAUCGAGCGACUGGAUACAGUGAUUUUAUGCUGCCAAACCGGGUUACAUAUGAGAUGGAUCUAACGGGCCCAAGUAUGCUAGUCCGCACCGGUUGCUCAGCCUCCCUUGUCGCACUACAUGAAGCGUGUGUGGCAAUUACCCGUGGAGACUGUGAGGGGGCUGUUGUUGGCGGGACCAACUUGAUAAUGGGCCCAGGCAUGUCGGCUGCAAUGUCAGAGCAAGGAGUUCUUUCACCAGAAGGCUCUUGUAAGAGCUUCUCUGCCGAUGCCGAUGGAUAUAGUCGCGGAGAGGCUAUUUCUGCCAUUUUCAUCAAGCGCCUGUCUGAUGCCAUUCAGGAUGGCAAUCCCGUUCGAGCCGUCAUUCGCGGCACAGGAUGUAACAGUGACGGGAGGGGCACCGCCGGCCUACAAAUUCCCAAUGAUGUCGCUCAGGAGGCUUUGAUAAGACGAACUUACAAGGUGGCGGGUAUCACAGAUUUUGGCGAGACUGCAUUUGUCGAGUGUCACGGUACCGGGACGCCAGCUGGGGAUCCUAUUGAAGCCAGAGCUGUUGGCCGAGUUUUCGGCCCUACUGGUGGCGUACAGAUAGGCACCAUCAAGCCUAAUCUCGGUCAUUCUGAAGGUGCUUCAGGCCUCACAUCAAUAAUCAAGGCAGUGAUGGCUCUGGAAAACCGCACCAUCCCUCCGAACAUCAAAUUCAAUGAGCCCAACCCCAACAUCCCGUGGAAUUCUUGUGGGCUCUCGGUCCCCACGGAGCCGAUGCCGUGGCCUGAGAGACGAAAGGAGCGUAUCAGUGUAAACUCAUUUGGCAUUGGGGGAACUAAUGCGCACGUUGUUCUCGAUUCUACUCUCAGCUACGGAGUCUCCCCAGCCCCCAAGCAAUUUUCCAACUCUCCAGAACUACUUGUCUUCUCAGCCAAUACUAAAGAGUCCCUGGAAAAGAUGAUUCUCAAUUAUGAGACCUGGGUCCAGAAGAACCCGGACAGGGUUACCGAUUUGGCGUUCACUUUGGCUAAUAGAAGAGAGCAUUUGUCUCGUCGGGCCUUUGCCGUGGCAGGCCCAACGGGCUCGAUCACACCUUCGCUGCCAUUGAAGGCUGGAAACCCACCCAACAUCGUCAUGGUAUUUACCGGCCAGGGUGCCCAGUGGCCAGAAAUGGGCUGUUGUUUACUCCAGAGCCCAUCCUAUCCUGUCUUCCGAAAGACAAUCCAAGCCCUCGAUGCGCAUCUACAAACCCUCGACCAUGCCCCCGAUUGGCGCAUUGAGAAUGAGCUUCAAAAGCCAGCAAACCUCAGCAGACUUGGCUUAGCUGAAAUAUCCCAGCCUCUCUGUACAGCCAUCCAAAUUGCCUUAGUGGAUACUUUCGCCUCGAUUGGGGUCCAUCCUACUGCUGUUGUCGGUCAUUCCAGUGGGGAGAUCACGGCUGCAUAUGCUGCGGGGAGUGUUACAGCCUAUGAGGCCAUCACGAUUGCAUUUUAUCGUGGUCAGGUUACAAGGCUGCUCUCCAAGUCUGGGGCCAUGGCGGCGAUAGGAAUGAGUGCUCAGGAUGUUCAGAGAUACCUGGAGCCUGGAGUAAUCAUUGCUUGCGAGAAUUCCGCCCUGAGUGUCACCCUCGCCGGCGAUGUCGAAGUGGUUAAACGUGUGGUUUCCAGGAUCAAAGACGAUCAACCUGCUAUCCUAGCAAGUCUUCUGCGUGUCGACAAGGCAUACCAUUCUCAUCAUAUGUCCGAGGUCGGGCAGGACUAUUAUGAUUCGAUCAAACAAGAGGUGUCUGCUAAACUCCCCACUAAGCUGUUCUUUAGCAGUGUCACGGGCAAGCAGCUUAUACCGGACUGUGAUCUCGGGGCAAGAUACUGGCAGAGAAACCUAGAAUCACCGGUACUCUUUCAUUCGGCUAUCUCAUCUAUUAUGCAACACAACAUUGCAAACAACAUGAUGUUCCUUGAGAUUGGACCUCACUCGGCGCUCGCAGGACCUCUACGUCAAAUCUUGAGUGAGCAUUCAAAUACUUCUCACUAUGUCCCAACACUUACCCGCAAACAAAACGAUGUUGAAUCUCUAUUAGUGGCAAUUGGAGCCCUGCACAGUCGCAAUGUUCCUGUGGACCUCGGCAGAGUAAUCAACAAGGGCUCAUGUUUGCCAGAUCUACCUAGAUAUCCUUGGAACCACACGCAAAAAUUUUGGUACGAGUCCCGGCUGAGUCAGGGGUGGCGUCACCAAGAACAUGCACAUCACGAUCUCCUGGGUGUACGGAUUACGGAGAGUCCAGAUUUCAAUGUGCUAUUCCGGAACAUUUUUCACUUGGAAAACGCUCCAUGGAUCCGUGACCACAGGGUCGGUAAAGACAUUGUCUUUCCUUUCGCUGGAUAUGCCGGCAUGAUCGGUGAAGCUGUUCGGCAAGUGACCAUGGUCAAUGAGGGAUUCAUUCUGCGCAAGGUGACUAUUAGCACUGCCCUUGUGCUAAGAGAAGAAACUCCUGUUGAGAUAACAACUAUGCUACGUCGCUGUCGAUGGACAGACUCUCUUGAUAGUGAGUGGUGGGAAUUUAGCAUUGCAUCACACAACGGAACUACCUGGACCAAGCACUGCUCCGGAGAGGCCAAGGCCCAUGAUAAAAUCUUAAGAGAAGAGAAGAAGAACCAACCUUUUGUGCGCAAGAUUAAGAAACGUCGUUUAUACCAGUCCUUGGCCAACUCUGGUCUCAACUUUGGACCCACGUUCCAACGCCUUGAUGACGUUCGAUCUGACACUACAACGACGAACGCGACAUCGGAAGUCACUAGAAAGGAAGAUGAUGAUACGAACUACCAUGUGCAUCCAACUGUCAUUGAUGCCUCACUGCAGCUUCUCAGUGUUGCCGCAACUAAGGGCCUCUUCAAUACUAGGGGCAGGGUCAUGGUGCCCACCAAUGUCGAAGAAAUCUGCGUCUCCCGUUGCUCUGAGGAUGUCCAAAUACGAGCCUCCGCAUCUUACAGUCAAAGCAAUUGCAUUUCUGGUGGAUCUCUGUGUAUUACUGCUGAUGGUAAGGUUGUUUUGCGCAUUUCUGGGGUCAAGCUCUCCGUUCUAGAUGAUCAGGUGUCUACGCGAUACGCUGAACCGACGGCUCGUGCAGAAUGGGGUCCUCAUAUCGAUUUCUUAGACCCCAACACUCUGAUAAAACCGUCUGCUGUUAACCGGAGCAUACACAUUCCAAUCUUGCGUGAGCUAGUUCAGUUAUGUUUGAUUCAUACAAAGAGAACGAUCUCAGAAUUAGACACCUCGAUUGACUACAUGAAGAAGUACAGAUCGUGGGUCAACCGUCAGUGUCAGACAGCGGAGCUCCAACGGCUUGAUAAGUUCGAUAACGCGACAAUCGAGAUCAGAGUCAAUUCCAUCGCCACUGAACUAUCACAGACCCCAGCUGCCGGUGUUGCUGCGGGGAUUCAGAAAGUCCAUAGCAACAUGAGGGAUAUCUUUACCGGUGACAAGCAGGCGCUCGAUGUUCUUCUUGCGGAUGACAUACUAGUCAAACUGUAUGUGUAUGCGGAUCAAUGCGACGAGUCGCUAUUCUUUAAACACUUGACACACAGCAAACCUAAUUUGCGAGUGCUCGAAUUAGGCGCUGGAACUGGUGGCUCCACUGUUAACUUCCUGAGAUGGUUGACACCUGGUGGAAAGUCUCUGUACUCAAAGUACACCUUCAGUGAUAUCUCGUCUGGUUUCUUCGUCGCCGCUAGAGAACGAUUCAAUGCUUACCCGGAUAUCGAAUAUCUUCCUCUUGACAUCAGCGAAGAUCAAUCAGAGCAGGGCUUUGACGGUCGGAAAUAUGACCUUAUUCUAGCAACCAACGUCAUUCAUGCAACUAAAUAUCUCAAUAUAACUUUGAGCAAUGUCCGAAAACUACUUCACCCUAAUGGCCGACUCUUGCUUCAUGAGCUCACCCCAAGUUCGAAUUGGGUCAACUAUAUCUGGGGAACGCUAGCUGGAUGGUGGUACGGUGAAGAUGAUGGCCGGGUUGAUCAGCCAUAUAUCAGUGUCGACCGGUGGACAGAAGAGCUGAAAGCUGCCGGAUUCUGCGCUCCUGAUGCCGCGGUUCCUGAUGCAGCCGCACCCAAUCAGCUAAAUACUAUGAUUCUGGCUAGACCAAAGAUUGAAUUCUCCCCUAGGAAGAAGGUCACUCUACUUACUAUUGUUGAUUCCGAGGAUGCGCGUUCCAUCGUCCUAGGCCUACAGAACAGAGGGUAUACCAUUGAUCGCCGGGGACUGCAGGAGCCUUUGCCGGACGGGCAAGACGUCAUUGCUUUUCUUGAUGAUGACACACCAUUUCUUGAACAGAUGGACAGUAAUAUGUUUGAGUCACUCAAGGCCUUGGUUGAUCAAGGCAAUGACUGCGGUAUUUUCUGGUUGACUGGUCUGUGCCAGGUUCAAUGCAAGGACCCACGAUUCGGCCAGAUCAAUGGGUUUGCCAGAGCCAUACGAUCAGAGAUGUUUAUUGAUUUCGCCACUUGCGAGGUUGACUGUAUCAUUUCAUCUGUGGACCGAAUCAUUGACGUGUUCGAGAAAUUCCAAAAACGCGAAGAAGAUGACGUUUUCAAGCCAGAGUGCGAAUAUGCCAUUAUACAGAACACCGUCCAUGUCGGACGGAUACAUCCCUUCUCCGUACAAGAUGAGCUUACAGAUCCAGAGCCUAAUGGGGUUAUUGCUCUUCGUUCCAGCAAGCCUGGCUAUCUCACUGCUUUACACUGGGUGGACGAGGAGAUAGAUCCGCUGGAAGCUGGCGAUGUCGAGGUCGAAAUCCAUGCCACUGGUUUGAACUUCAAGGAUGUUUUGGUUGCUAUGGGCAUUGUUGGGGACUCUGGACAUGGAUUUGGUUACGAAGCAGCCGGCAUUGUCCGCCGCACCGGUGCCAGCGUAACGUCUGUUAACACUGGCGACCGUGUUAUGCUCAUAUCAAAUAGUGCAUUUUCCACAUAUAGAGUUGUGCCGGGGGAUCUUUGUGAGAAAAUCCCAAACGACCUGAAUUUUGAAGAUGCUGCUACCAUGCCUUGCGUGUUUGCUACAUCCAUCUACUCCAUCUUCACCAUCGGUAAUCUGAAAAGGGGCGAGUCCAUUCUUAUUCACAGCGCCUGCGGUGGUGUUGGUCUUGCCACUAUCCAGCUUGCCCAGAUGGUCGGGGCUGAGAUCUAUGCAAGUGUCGGAAACGAGGAGAAAGUCGCAUAUCUGAUGAAUACAUUUCAUCUGCCUCGGAAUAGAAUAUUUAAUUCACGGAAUGCCUCCUUCGCGGACGAUAUCAUGCGAGAAACUAACAACAGGGGUGUUGACUUGGCACUGAACUCAUUGUCUGGCGAGCUACUGCACGCUACAUGGGAGUGCAUUGCGCCCUUUGGUAGAAUGAUCGAGAUUGGUAAACGAGACUUGCUGGGCUCUGGAAAGCUGGAAAUGAAUCCUUUCUUGAGUAAUAGAAGCUACUGUUCCGUCGAUCUGGAUCAGAUCUGUUCCUUGAAGCCGACCAUCGCCAAGGAGCUGCUCAAAGACGUCACCAGAUUAUUAAGGGAAGGUCACAUACAUCCUAUCCGUCCCAUCAGGACCUUCGACUCAGCCCACAUUCUGGACGCCUUUCGGUACAUGCAGCAGGGUAUCCACCUGGGCAAGAUUGUUGUGUCCAUGCGCAAUGCAGCUGGCCAGGUCACUCUGGACGAGAAUAUAGCGCACCAUAAGAAGAUCAUUCAGUUUGAUAGCUCGGGAGCUUAUCUGCUCGUUGGUGGUCUAGGAGGCUUGGGUCGUUCUGUCUCUACAUGGAUGGUAGAACGAGGCGCCCGUCAUCUCAUCUACCUUUCUCGUAGCGCUGGAACUACUGAAGAGCACUUGGAAUUUUCUCAAGAGCUUGCCAGCAUGGGGUGUCGCGCUGACUUUGUGCAAGGGACCGUUUUGAACUUGGACGAUGUCGCUAGGGCCAUGACUCAGGCUCAUGGCCACCUCAAGGGGAUCUUUCAGAUGACCUUGGUUCUUCGUGAUAGCAGCUUCUCGCGCAUGACGAAAAACGACUGGGACACUGCUGUUGACCCCAAAGUCAAGGGAACGUGGAACCUCCACCAUGCGUCCACUUCUAUCAACGCUGAUCUUGACUUCUUCGUUAUGUUCAGCUCCAUGUCUGGCAUUGUUGGAAAUCCUGGUCAGAGUAACUAUGCGAGUGCUAAUACCUUCUUGGAUGCCUUUGCUCGUUAUCGCUUAAACCUGGGGCUUCCGGCCUGUGCCGUCCAGGUAGGUACAGUCGAAGAAAUAGGAUAUAUGGCCGAGAAUGAGACAUCCACGCAACAGACUGCCCGUAUCAGUGCCACGGAGGGUGACAUAACCGAGCAGGAGCUUCUUGAGGCCCUCGAAGUAGCUGUCGGUUCGACAUCCAGUAACUUAUAUGUUGGAAUCCGCUCCAACAUGUGCUUGAGUGACCAGGGAAACCGUUCACUCUGGCAUGGGGACAUCCGAAUGGCCUUCUUUCAUAAAAACGCGGAGGGUCAUUCCACCACGAGUUCGCCGUCCGGAAAUGAAUUGCAAGCCUUCAUCAUUAAGGCGAAGGGCGACGCCACUUUAUUACAUCAGUCCGAGUCUGCCCAUUUCCUUGCUCGAGAGAUUGGACGGAAGGUCUUUGAAUUCCUGCUGAAGCCAGAGGAAGAGUUGCAGACAUCGUGCUCUCUGUCAGAGCUGGGUUUGGAUUCCCUUGUUGCUAUUGAGUUGAGGCAGUGGUGGAAAUCAAUCUUUGGAUUUGAUAUCAGUGUGCUCGAGAUGGUGGGAAUGGGGAGCCUAGAUGCUCUUGGGGCGCACGCUGCCAAGGGCAUGCUUCGCUCAUUUCAUGGUGUUGAAGAAUAA